GCAAUUGAAAACGAUCUAGUGAAGAUUGCAAGAAAAAAGUUCUGUUCAGAAUAUGAAGCGUUUCCUGAUGUUUCUUUAUAUUUUAAAAUGUAUACAGUCACAGCAACAACAAGAUAGUGGAACCUUUUUUCAAUCACAAUUACCUUUAAUUCGAUCAAUGAUUCCUUUAAUAAGACAGCAAAGUGGAAACUUACCUGGUAUAGAUAGGAUUAUACAAGACCUUGAAAGAAUUCAGAGGCUAACACCAGAUGACAUCAGAGAGGAAGAAAAGCGACAGCGUGAACUUGAACUCAACCCUACAACAUCUCCUGGUAACUCACAAAUAAUUCAGCCUAUUGCCCCUGCUGCACGUCGUCCAUCUUUCAAAUAUCCAGAGAUUAAAAAUUCAUUAAAUGGUCCAAACGAGCUUUUAAGGAACGUCGGAGGUCCUUAUGGUGGUGGACUAGGACUUCAAAACAUCUAUGGAUAGUGAAUAUUUGUUGAUGAUUAUAUUUGAUGAAGUGUGCAAUAACUUAUUGUUAAUCAGAUGCAAUCAUUUUAAAGUGAUGAAAGUUGAAAAUGCGACUUGGAAUCAAAGAUUUAAAUAAAUUUCGUAAUUUCUCCAAAAAUUCACAAAUUUCCAGCACUAAAAACCAACGUUGGAA